CCAAAUUCCUUUUCAAUCGUAUUUAAGACAAUGAUUUCAAUUGCUCAUUGGCUCGCCUCUUUUUCGGCCGGAUUUUUGGCCUCCGCACAGGCAAUUAAUUUCUUAAAGACAGCCAAUGAGGAUGAGUCGCCAGCCAGGAUUUCAAACCAGUCGGAAACGGCUGCAAUCGAUGGAUUGGCCAUAGAGGAGCCUAAGAUCCUGGGGUCUGAACGGAUCAGCAAUGUCCUGCAGCACAUUUUGAGCAGUGAGCCGAACUCAAGUCACGUCUACAUCGAUGCCAUGCACAAUCGCAGUGCCAACAAGCAAAAGUAUGCCCUGGGCUCCGAAUCGCUCAAUCAAAUGCUGGAUGACAUUAUGACACCCACUGGGAAUGAAAGCAGUAGGACCCUGUCCAUGGAACCAGCCGUUGAUGUUUAAGGCGUGCCUAAAAUUUAAGUGUUUUUGUUUUUUGUUUUUAAAAAACAGG